GGCGAGGGCGGGGCUGCCGCUGUCCCCGCGCGGUGUCCCCGCGGCCGCUCCCGCGGCGCCCGCAGAUCCGCGCGGCACGGCGCGCCCGGAGCGGUGCGCCACAGCCGGAGCGGUGCCCCACAGCCGGAGCGGUGCGCUGCUCGCUCCUUGGCCGGCCCGGGCGCGGCGGACCUGGCGGCGGGAAGGUGAAGAUCAGAUAGCUCUGAAUGCUAGUUUUGUUGUUAAAUUGACUUUCAAUCCAUUAAUUGCCUUACUGGAUGUGAAUUUUUUAAGUUACCAGUAUGGCUCUGGCUGUGAUGCUGCUGAAUGGUGCUUCUUUCCACGGUGGAUGCUGCAAACCCAAAGCUUUGCUCUCUUCACUUGGACCUCUCCUCAACAAUUCAAAAUUGUACAGCAGUUACAGGAGGCCAGGGGCAGAACCUGAGAAAAAACUGUCUUGGCAGAAUGCUGAUUUCAGCUUUAAGAAGGCCUUUGAUCACCUAAAGACUCAGCUAAGCUUGCUGAAGAAGGAAACCCAAGAUUACUUAAAAGGACCUGGAGGCCAUCCAUUAAGUCAGCACUUGUUGGAACAAACAAGGGUGUUGUGGCAGUUUAGGAGCCAAGAAGAUUUAAAUAAAUGGGUUAUUUCCUCUGAUGUGGAGAUUGGAGGGAAAAGUAAAGUUUACAUCAAACUGGGUAGGAAUAACCAGGCUGCUCUGCUGUAUGGAACCCUCAAUACAGAAGUGCCUCGUGAUGGGGAGACACAAUACAGUGGAUAUUGCAGUAUGAGAUCCAGACCGGCAGUGGGAUCUUUUAACAGGAAGAAGUAUUAUGACUGGUCAAACUUCAACAGUCUGUAUUUACGUGUCCGUGGUGAUGGCAGACCUUGGAUGGUAAAUAUUUAUACAGACCCCUACUUCUCUCAUCAAAAGGAUGACCUCUACACCUACUUCAUGUUUACGCGAGGAGGCCCGUACUGGGAGGAAAUACAGAUUCCAUUCUCCAAAUUCUUUCUCUCCAGUCGGGGAAGAGUCCAGGAUAACCAGCAUCCUGUCUGGUUAGACAAGAUUAGAACCCUUGGAUUCACCAUUGGAGAUAAAGUAGAUGGUCCAUUCCAGCUGGAGAUCGAUUUUAUUGGUCUGCUAAAUGACAGAGCUCAUAAAGAAAAGUUUGCCUAUGAAGCAUAUGACAAGAACACUCCAGUCUAAGUUGGACUGGUGUCCUUUGAACAUUCUUCAGAUAUAUGGUUUAUUUUUAUAAAAUACUUCUUAACAUGUGGCUUUUAACAACUUGAAGAGCCUAUGUAACAUUAAAGAGAUAAGUGCAUGAAGUGUGAUACCACUGACAUCUUUAAACUCCCAAAUACAGAAUCCUGGAGAGACUAUACAGAGAUGGAUGGACUGCAAUGUAGCCUGAGAGCAGUUGUGAUGUUCCUACAAAGUAGUAACUCUUCUUGGCUUCUGUCACGACCUUUACUGAAAUAAAAGUAUUUCA